CCUGCGCGAUUGCUCGUCGCGCAGGCGCGUUGGGCGGCUGAGCCGUCAGUGAUGGCAGGUGUUUGGGCCGGGCUGUUUCGGGCUGCGAUGUGGCAUCAGGCUUUGCUGCUCCUGCUCUGGUUGGCCUUGGCUUCAGUGCAGGGACUUUAUUUCCACAUCGGAGAGACGGAGAAACGCUGCUUCAUCGAGGAAAUCCCCGACGAGACCAUGGUUAUCGGGAAUUACCGCACCCAGCUAUGGGAUAAGCAGACGGAGACCUUCCUGCCUUCCACCCCAGGGCUGGGGAUGCAUGUGGAAGUGAAAGAUCCUGAUGGAAAGGUGGUAUUAUCAAGGCAGUAUGGUUCAGAAGGCCGAUUCACCUUUACCUCCCAUACCCCAGGUGACCACCAGAUCUGCCUGCACUCCAAUUCUACUCGAAUGACCAUCUUUUCGGGCGGCAAACUACGGGUACAUCUGGAUAUACAGGUUGGCGAGCAUACCAACAACUACCCUGAAAUUGCUGCUAAGGAUAAAUUAACAGAACUACAACUCCGUGCCCGCCAAUUGCUUGAUCAGGUGGAACAGAUUCAAAAGGAACAGAACUACCAGCGGUAUCGGGAGGAACGCUUCCGUAUGACCAGCGAGAGCACCAACCAGAGAGUGCUGUGGUGGUCCAUUGCUCAGACUGUCAUCCUCAUCCUCACUGGCAUCUGGCAGAUGCGACACCUCAAGAGUUUCUUUGAGGCCAAAAAGCUUGUGUAAAGUUCUUUUCUGUACAGCCCCUUUCCUGUCAUCCCACGUACUUGGUACUUUCCCUGUCACACCCCAGCUACUUGGAUUUGGGAUGGGAAAAAAAAUGAGAAUGUAUGUUCCUUUAGUUCCAUGGCAGCCAUGCCAAUCAGGCUGAGUUAGCAGUCACUGGACUACACAGAAACCGGCCCCUCUACCCCCACGAAGGUCACAGCCUACACAAAACUCCUUCUAGACUUUGGGGAAGAGCCUGAGCCAAUCAGGACUCAGCCUUGUCUUUUUCUGCCCUUUUCCGUGUCCAGCCAUCUCUCCUAGCCCUUUGAUUGAGUAAGUACGCAAAGGCCACUCACCCUUCCCUUUUUCUGGUUUUCUUUACUGCACCUGUGUCAUGUAUGACUGACAGCCUAGCUUCACUACUGGCCAGUUAGUCCUGGCUUCACUGAGAUGAUCUGUGACUGUAAACAAGGGGGCAGGUCUUGGAUCCCAGGGAAUGAGAUUUUUUUAUAUAACAAAUAUUUUUGAUAUGUGUAUUUUAUCCUUCAUAUCUGAAAUGUCACUGCCUGUGUGUUAGAGUGGUUGAAAAAGAUCAAUGGACUGACAGUCUUUCGGCACUGUCUAUAUGUACAUUUUUUUAAUAACUACUGUUGGCAACUCUCAGACUCUUCAAUGAAAGUUCUAGAAGGUAGGGACUCAAGCAAGCAUUUCAGCCUAUUUCUGGUAAGGCCUUUCCUGUAAGUCAUACACAGGCCCCUUUGGGACAUUUUGAGCCCCUUAUGGAUAUUAAGGGGAUGUGAAGUUAAAGUAGGAAGCUGUGGAUUGAGCAGUUGGAGGCAGUCAGUUUUCUUCCCUUCUUCUCUCUUUCCCUCACAGAGCUGCUAAACUGUUAAAUUUGUAUUUAAAGAUGCAAGUAAGUAUUUUCUCUAUGGGUCCCAGGUUCAGUUCUUUGUAUGGAUUUUUCCAAUGAAAUAAAACCUGUUCUGGUAACUUGUGAUGUUUGAGAUGAAAUAAAAGUUUUUACCAGACCAGACACCAAGCAGAAAUAGUAGAGUAUAGGAAACCUGAUAUGAAAUAACCCCAAGGAUGACUUGGAGCUGAUCUUCAAUCUCUUGAGACCCUCCCUAUUUAGAACAAACACACCUAAGGGCUCAGUUAGAAUGAGGACAGCACCCGAGAGGCUAGGGGAAUUUGGUAUGUGCCUGUGUCUCAUCUGAUAUGUCUCCUCAGUCUCAGCCUUAGGAAUCAUUCCGGGCAAACCUUCCCAUGCCUCCUUCUUCUUAGAAUACUCAUUAUUUGUCCUAUUUCAGAUGUCUGAGGUAUGGUAGACUUAGAGUUAUAUGGCUUGUGACUGGAUAGUUGUGUUUUAAAGAAUACAAUAUUCUAAUACUGUUCCUAGAUAGCAUUAGUUCACAGUGACUCUCCUUAUCCUGGGUUUUUGGAAAGGGGGAAUUACCAGUUAAAUGGGAGGGGCCAGGGUUAGAUCAGUUUUGCAAGCAGUGAGUUGGGAUGCUGUGAUGAAUCUCAGAAAGGCUGGUACAUCAUCAUGUCCUGGGUAUUCUUUCUUUGCUUCUUUUUGACCAGGAGGUGAUGGAAUGAGGCUGAAAUGGUAUAUACUUAAGAAGAGCCAUAAUUUUGUCAGAGGACUCCACUCAUGCAGGCCCACCUGGGUUCCAUAGUAGAUGGUUUUUUUGAAGUGCUGUGACAAAAAAACCAGUUACCUCAGUGGCUAAAUCUAUGGCAGUGAGCCUCAAAGAACUUAUCCAGGUUGGACAUAUCAGGCUAGUCCAUUACUGUUCUGGUCUUGACCUUUGUACCUUAAUAGGGCCAACAGAGCCCAUGUUCUAUGAGCUUUGGGAAGCCAGGGUAACCCCCAUACUAAUCAGGUAUCAGAAUGUAAUUUCUAAGACUAAGCUUGUGAAUGUUUACAUAUGCUGUAGUAGGGAAUUUGGGGGUUUAGAGGGCUAGCUCGUUAGGAAGGAGGGAGAAAGACCUCUGUCCUGAUGUGUUUCCAUGCAGUUUAUAGUAUGUCAUAGACCAUCAAAGAUUAGAAAACAAAAAGGGGCAGCUAGGUGGCGCAGUGGAUAGAACACCGACCCUGGAGUCAGGAGUACCUGAGUUCAAAUCCGGCCUCAGACACUUAACACUUACUGGCUGUGUGACCCUGGGCAAGUCACUAACACCAAUUGCCUCACUUAAAAAAAAAAAAAAGAUUAGAAAAACAAUAUCCUACUGAAUAUUCAGAUUUUUUUCCCCAAGGGCUUGGCCAGCAUAGUCUUCCCAACAGCUACUCCUCCAUCCUGAUUUUUUUUACUCCUUUAACCUACCUGUGUUGUUCAUACACCUUUAAAUCACAAUCUUUCAUGGUUCAGCAAUCACUCCAUCCUGAUGCUAGUAUAGUUGUUUCCACUGUGGCUUACACUAUCUACCCUUCCACUUUUAGGCUCCCAUUUGGCUCCCUGUUCACUGCAAUUAUUUUAUUCUGCUGUUUCUAUAUGCUGAGCCUGAUUUAGGAAGGGUGGUUGGAGCCUAAACUAUAUUCUUCCAUCUCACUCAGGUAGUUAUUUCCAUUCUUUCAGCUCCCUCAUCCCCAAAUCCAGCUGCCAUAGGCUGGCCCAGCCCAGUUUGCUUUGCCGUGCUGUCUAUUGCUGUCAUAAUCAGUGCCACAAUCCAUUUCCACAAUCGAAUCAUCCCCACAACCUUAGAGUUCUGGGACACCAGUGUAAUGAUCAAUAACAUGAAUAGUAUUUAGGGUUUACAAGAUGUAUGACAUGAUCAUCUCAGGAAAAUUGGCAUGGGAUAUGUUUCCUUGGCAACUGAAGAUAGGGUGCUGGAGUCAGGAAGAUGGGUGUUCAAAGUCAUCCUUAGUUACUAGCUGGGCAAGUCACUUAACCUGAUUGCCUCAGUUUCCUCAACUGUAAAACAAUAAUAAAAGCAACUAUCUUAA